AAAAAUAUUAUUAAAAAAUAUGAUCAUCAAACAAUUUAUUAUUGGUAUGUAACUAUACGCUAUUGUUAUGUGCUAUAGAGCGUUUUCAUUCAUUCCCUACUCCCUGGCCCAGUAGGGAUCUAGAAAUCACAACUUAAUUUAUUUUUCAUGGCGACGAGAAGUGCAGAACUUUCAUGGCGCCGAAAUUGUAAACCUGAAUUUAACAGUCAACCAUGGACAACAAUACUCAUAGAAAGUGAAAUUUACUGGAUAAAGGCUCAUUUUGACGAGCGAUUAUGCUCAUAUAACAUUGCAGUAACAGACUUUUCUCAGGUUUGGAUAGAAAAUGUUGAAAACGAAGAAUGUUUCAUUGAGAGAGCCAAGAAACUAAAUCCAAAUAUUGAAGCUGACCCGACAUGUCUGUUAAAAUAUCUCCGUGACUUUUUAUCACCAACAUGUGAAGCGGUCAAUGUAUCUAAAAAGCUUGUGUCUGACAAUACAACUCUUGUGCUAUGCUUAAAAGCUAAACUUUCUCCUGAUAUUACUUUUUCUUGGGAGUUUUUUUGCUCAGUUGCUGGAGAUGACAUGAUGAAAGAUUAUCUUGUUUUGCCAUUGUUGUCAAUGAUUGGAGAAUCGAGACAACAAGAAGAGUUAUUUAAAGUUUUGAAGAAGAAAGAUUAUGAAAUACAGGAAUAUAAAGAUACUGGAACAGUUUUGUCUAAAAAGUCGCUUGAAACGGAACCUUUCGUAAAAGAUGAUUUUAAUAAGCGAAUGAUUGUUUCAGAGAAUUUUCUUCAAGCAGUAGAAAAUUGCGUCGACAAAGCUUGUGAUGAAGAAUUUCAAGAAUUGUAUAAACAGAUCAUGAUUAAAAGGAAUUCGAUCCUAUCCAAGAACAACAUGAGUUCAAUCAAUGAUGGAUUAUCAUCAGAUGAAAAGUUACCUUCUUGUUUUUUGGUUGAAGCUUCACCUGAAAAUAUUAAUUUACAGAUCUCUUCUGUGAAAACAUUUAUUCGUGAUAUAGAGGAGGACAAUGUUUUUUCUCAAGAACAUGAGCUACAACGCCGCGAUGAUCUUUGUAAGAAACUGGAUAAGGAAUCCGAAAAAAAGAAAACGAAAAAAAUAAAAAAAUUAAAGAUCUAAAUUUGUAAGCAAGCAGUUUGCAUUUUCAAGCAGAAGGUAAAGCGUAUUUGUUGUUUAAUCUUCAGGCUUGUGUUAACCUUCUAGAUCAUAUAAUGCAAAUAAAACAUUUUAAUUAAUGUAAACAUUCUUUCUAAAGAAAAUUUGUGGGAAAAUCAAGCUCAUGUGAGUUUAAAAACAAUGAACACAUUUUCCUGCAAAAGAAAAUUAGACUUAUGAAACAAGUAAAAUUGUUUUAUUUGACGUGAAACAAUUUAAUUUAAUCCUUAUUUAGUAUAAAUUAUAUAUUUUGUCAUCGCUUCACAUCAAUUAGAUUUGAAAAAUUUUUCAUGUAUGUUGUUAUUUCUUAGGUGUUUUCUUAGUAGUGUAUUUGAUUUUUAUGCGGCUUACAUGAAGUGCAAACAGUGCAAAUUACUUGAUAUUAUCGUUGGGGUGUGUGUGUUAAAAAACAGACAAAAAAGCAAAACCAAAUAAAACUGGACAAAAAAAUUA